GAAAUCUUAAUGUAAACUAAUACUAACUUUAUUUAUUAAAGAAUAAUAUAUGCAUACGCAUUUGCCUGUUAUAUAAGUAAGCAACACCAUCUUUAUUUGUUCCCUGACAUAUUUCUCCUUCAGGUUUCUAUGAUGGAACUAGAAUCAGAAACUCAAGAACUCCAUCUUCACGUAAAUGGCGAACCUGAAGGGAAAUUUUCAACAGAAGAGAGAAGUCACAAGUACUCUUGGAGGUUAAGAGUGUCUCUCUAUGUCACUCUCCUCUUAGCUGGAGAGACAAUAGCCACUCUCUUAGGUAGACUUUACUACGAAAAAGGCGGUAAAAGCACAUGGCUCGAAACCUUGGUUCAGCUUGUAGGGUUUCCUUUAACCCUUCCUUGCUAUUAUUACUUAAAGCCUGAGCCGUCCAAGACUAAAACCAUUACCAAAAAAACUACUUCUUCCUUCUUGACACUAUCUUUAGUGUAUAUUGGACUUGGCUUGCUUGUUGCUGGACAUUGUAUUUUGUACUCAUUUGGGCUACUUUACCUUCCUGUCUCAACUUUCUCUUUGAUCUCUGCGUCGCAAUUGGCUUUUAACGCCGUCUUCUCUUACUUCCUAAACUCACAAAAAAUCACACCAUUUAUACUCAAUUCACUUGUUCUCUUAACCAUAUCUUCUACACUUCUUGUUAUCCAACAUGAACCAGAAUCUCCCUCUUCUACUUCAAAGUCCGCAGCCAAGUCCAAGUAUGUGAUUGGAUACAUCUGCGCGGUCGGUAGCUCAGCUGGUUAUUCUCUGGUGCUUUCUUUAACAGAUUACGCGUUCGAAAAGAUUCUAAAGAAAUACACAUUCAAGGCUAUUUUAGACAUGGCCACAUAUCCGUCUAUGGUAGCUACUUGUGUAGUUGUGGUAGGACUUUUUGGAAGUGGUGGGUGGAAAAAGCUGAGUACAGAAAUGGAAGAGUUUCAACUAGGGAAAAGCUCAUACAUUUUGAUAAACAUCGGUUCAACGAUAUCAUGGCAAGCUUGUUUGAUUGGAAGUGUUGGUUUGAUUAUCGAAGUUUCAUCGCUUUUUUCCAAUGUCAUAAGCACUCUUUGUUUACCAGUUGUGCCUGUUCUUGCUGUUGUCUUCUUCCGUGAUGAGAUGAGUGGAAUCAAGUUGGUUGCAAUGUUUUUGGCCAUCUGGGGAUUUGUUUCUUAUGGUUAUCAGCAUUAUGUCAAUGAUAGAAAGCCAGAAGAAGACCAAGAGCUUCCUCAGUCUAAAGAAGAAGAAGAACAAAAACAAGUAGAUACCAUUCAUGUCCAAGCUUAGGCAAAGAUCCAAGAAAACCAAAAGCUUUUGUAAUUUGAACCAGUUUAAUCUAAAAUAAAAAUGAGUUAUAUAUAUUGUAGGCACUACAAAUAAAAUUGGUAAGUGUCUCAAGGUCUCACAGUCUUCAUGUAUCUUUGUUGACUUCUGAAUCCAAGUCAAGUGUACUUAUGGCCUUCCCGUCUUGUUGUAUCGUUG